ACUUAGCAUGGACUUCUGGGAGGGGCUAAGGAAGGGCGGUCUGGAGUUUUAUUGAAUAGAGCAGUGUGUAUUAGGCUGCUUGCCUGCCUGCCCUCUUGCUGUGCUCCUGCUUAAAGAAAUCAGUCCUUCCUUUCCGACUUAGUCCCCGGGAAGAAGUUUCAGCCUUCGAGGUAUCAUUAAAAAGUUUCAAGAUCAUCCAACCGAAUUCAUAGGGAUUGGUGACCAAUCAGAGGUUUACAAGUGGACAUCUGAUUGCUUACCUAUCCAGACAUUAUCUGGACUCCCUAAAUCUGAACCCACACCAUGGAUGAUUUUGAACGUCGCAGAGAACUUAGGAGGCAAAAGAGGGAAGAGAUGCGUCUGGAAGCAGAAAGAAUCGCCUACCAGCGGAACGAUGAUGAUGAGGAAGAGGCCGCCCGGGAGCGGCGCCGUCGCGCCCGGCAGGAAAGGCUGCGGCAGAAGCAAGAGGAAGAAUCCUUGGGACAGGUGACCGACCAGGUGGAGGUCAACACCCAGAACAGUGUGCCCGACGAGGAGAUCAAGACCACCACCACAAACACGCAGGUGGAAGGCGAUGAUGAGGCCGCACUCCUGGAGCGCCUGGCUCGGCGGGAGGAAAGACGCCAAAAACGCCUUCAGGAAGCUCUAGAGCGGCAGAAGGAGUUUGACCCAACAAUAACAGAUGCAAGUUCGUCGCUACCCAGCAGAAAAAUGCAAAAUAACACAGAAGAAAAUGAAACGGCAGAGAAGGAAGAGAAAAGUGAAAGUAGCCAAGAAAGAUAUGAGAUAGAGGAAACAGUCACCAAGUCGCACCAGAAGAAUGAUUGGAUGGAUGCUGAAGAGAAAAAGAAAGAAGAAAAAGAAAAGGAAGAAGAGGAAGAAGAGAAGCCAAAGCAAGGGAGCACUGACGAAAAUCAGGUAGAGGUGGUGGUAGAAGAAAAAACAGCAGAAACAGAGGAGGAAAGAGUAAUGUCACUGAAAAACGGGCAAAUCAGUGCCGAUGAGCCUAAGACAGAGGAGGAGAGGGAAAAAGGCUCAGAUGAGAUUCCCCAUAGUGAAAAGACAGAAGAGGAAGCAAGGGAAAGAGCUGAGGCAGAAAGGGCCAGGUUGGAAGCAGAAGAAAGAGAAAGAAUUAAAGCCGAGCAAGAACAAAAGAUAGCAGAGGAGAAAGCAAGAAGGGAAGCAGAAGAGAAAGCAAGAAGGGAAGCAGAGGAGAAAGCAAGAAAGGAAGCAGAGGAGAAAGCAAGAAGGGAAGCAGAGGAGAAAGCAAGAAGGGAAGCAGAGGAGAAAGCAAGAAAGGAAGCAGAGGAGAAAGCAGCUGCAAAAGAGAGGGAAAGACGGGAGGCAGAGGAGAGGGAAAGGAUUAAGGAGGAGGAGAGAAAAGCAGCAGAGGAGAGACAGAGGGCAAAGGCAGAGGAGGAAGAGAGAGCUAAGGUAGAAGAGCAAAAACGUAAGAAGCAACUAGAAGAGAAAAAAAGGGAAAUGCAAGAGAAAAAGAUAAAAGGGGGAAAGGUAGAGGAGAAAACAGAAGGGAAGCGGGUCAAUGAAAAGAAAGUACAAGAAGAUAAACCUCAGACAGCUUUCCAAAAGAAACAGGAAGAAGAAAGGGGGGCUAAAAUGCAAGCUAAAAGAGAAAAGUCCCAAGAAGACAAGCCUGCCUUCAAAAAAGAAGAGAUCAAAGAUGAGAAGACUAAAAAGGACAAAGAAAGCAAAGAAGUUAAGAGCUUCUUGGAUGGAAAGAAGGGAUUUACAGAAGUGAAAUCACAGAACGGAGAAUUCAUGACCCACAAACUUAAACACACAGAGAAUACUUUCAGCCGCCCUGGAGGGAAGGCCAGCGAGGCCAAGGAGGCGGAAGGUGCUUCCCAAGUGGAAGCCGGCAAGCGGCUGGAGGAGCUGCGGCGCCGCCGCGGGGAAACUGAAAGCGAGGAGUUCGAGAAGCUCAAGCAAAAGCAACAGGAGGCAGCCCUGGAGCUGGAGGAGCUGAAGAAGAAGAGGGAGGAGCGAAGGAAGGUCCUAGAGGAGGAGGAGCAGAAGAAGAAGCAGGAGGAAGCAGAGCGAAAAGUCAGAGAGGAGGAAGAGAAGAGGAGGCUAAAGGAAGAGAUUGAAAAGCGAAGGGCAGAAGCUGCUGAGAAACGCCAGAAGAUGCCAGAAGAUGGCUUAUCAGACGACAAGAAGCCCUUCAAAUGUUUCACUCCUAAAGGUUCAUCUCUCAAGAUAGAAGAGCGAGCAGAAUUUUUGAAUAAGUCUGUGCAGAAAAGUGGUGUUAAAUCAACUCAUCAAGCAGCAGUAGUCUCCAAGAUUGACAGCAGACUGGAGCAAUACACCAGUGCAAUUGAGGGAACAAAAACUGCAAAAUCUGCGAAGCCAGCAGCCUCGGACCUUCCUGUUCCUGCCGAAGGUGUCCGCAACAUCAAGAGCAUGUGGGAGAAAGGCAACGUGUUCUCCUCCCCCACUGCAUCAGGCGCGCCAAAUAAGGAAACUGCUGGCUUAAAGGUGGGGGUUUCCAGCCGCAUUAAUGAAUGGCUAACCAAAACCCCAGAUGGAAAUAAGUCACCUGCUCCCAAACCUUCUGAUUUGAGGCCAGGAGAUGUAUCUGGCAAGCGGAACAUCUGGGAAAAGCAAUCUGUGGACAAGGUCACUUCCCCCACUAAGCAGGUUUGAGACCGUUCAAGAAAGAACCCGAAGUAGCCGCUCGAGAUGCUGGACCAGCUCAGUUGAAGAGGGCUAAUUUGCUUUGUUUUAUAUUUAUGUUGAUUUACUAAAUUGGGUUCAUUUCCUUUUGUUUUGUUUUUCAUUAUCCCAGUAAACCCAUGUAUAUUAUCACUAUAUUUAAUAAUCACAGUCUAGAGAUGUUCAUGGUAAAAGUACUGCCUUUGCACAGGAGCCUGUUUCUAAAGAAACCCAUGCUGUGAAAUAGAGACUUUUCUACUGAUCAUCAUAACUCUGCAUCUGAACAGUGAUAUCAACCACAUAGGAAGUCAACGAAAGGAGAUUCAAGUUGAAAAUUGCCUGAGGAACGUGUGCAGUAUCCAGAAACAUGAACCACAGUGUUCUGUUUUGUUUUGUUUUUAAAUACAGAAGUCAUGUUGUUUCUGCACUUUAGAAUAAAGCAUGGAAGAAAUUAUCUUACUAGGCAAUUGUGACACUUUGUGAAAGUAACCCGUUUCAGAUUUGAGAUACUGCAAUAAUGAUUGUCUUUAAAAAAAAAAAAAAAAAGAUGUACUGUUAAGGUAUUACUUUUUUCAUGCUGAUGAAUAUCUAAAUUGGAUUAUGAUGUUAGCUGACAGUGGUACUGAUUUAUUUAGUUUGGUUGCUUUGUGGAUUUCUUUGGUAGUGAUAGUGAACCACAUUUUAGAUGAUGUGAUCAUGUAUGUAUGUGCAUACACGUAUACAAACACACUAAUGCUAGAAAGCUUUUUUAUGUGCUAGGCUAUUAUAUUUAGCAGUAUGUCCCUGUAACUAGCCAAUAUCACUGCUUUUUAAAAAUUAAAAAUCACAAUAUUAUAUUAAUAUUUCAUAUUUGCCAAUAGAAACAUGGCAGAAUAGGUAUCGUUAUGUUUCCAAUGCCCAAUAACCUAUAAGAAAAAGAGAUUAGAAGUGUCAAAAUGAAUUGACGUUUUCUAUAAAACAUAGUAUUUAGUUUAUAAUUAAAAGCAGUCUUGAAGUCCAGUGUGAAUUGUACUAAAUCUCAAAGCUUGCUCAAAACUUCAUUCUUAAGAAUCAAGUUCACAAUAGGUUGGCUUAGAUGCUAUCUGAGGUUUCUUCCUUCUCUAAAAUUUAAAGAUGAGAAUUUUAGUGACAAAAUGUACAGAUUGGAAUUCCAUGAAUUUGGCUUUGGCUCAUCUCUGGAAGCAGAAAAGUAAGCAAAAGCCAAUAUUUGGGAGUCAUGACAGUACUUCCAUCUUUAACAUACUGAAACAUCUUUUUAGUUAAACUUUUCUACCAUUAUUAGUCAUUAGUACUUGCCAUAAGUUGAUAAUGUGUUGAACUUUCAAAAAACAUAUGCAAUUUUUAUUAGUUCUACCUUUUUCCCCAAGAGUCUAUCAACUCAUCAUUUGUACACACAAAAUCCAGAUAUCAGGUCUUAUUUUAGCCUAUAAGCAUUCAUUUGUUCUUCACAAUAGAUGAUAAAAGAGUACUCCAGUGUCUUGGCAAUAUGUUCUAGCAUAGAGAUAUACAUAUAGUGUAGUUCUAUAAAUGUAUACCUCAUAACUUGCCAAAAUUGUCUUAGUCUCCAUUCCUGCCAUAAUGAGGGAGCCUCUCAAAUGAUUCUUUUCUAAUCCAGUGUUCCCCUGGGAGAGCUAGCCAGGGUAGUGCCGGCAUGAGGAGUGACCAGUGCCUUCCAAAGUCUAUUUUUCAUUAAUCAGUAGAGUUGUUGAAUCCUCUAGCUUUUAGCACACCUGGACCAAAGAAAGUAAAGCCAGCAAUAUUGCACAAGUCACCCAUCCAUGACAGAGUAGACAUGAGUCUAUGAUAAGAUGAACUAGAAUUCACAUGCAGUGCCUGAGUUAGCAUAGAUUCCCAGCAUUGGAGCGAAAUGGAUCAAAAGUUUGAAUUAAGGCCUAUGGCGAGAUAACAUUUCUUUGUUGUGCUUUUGAAUAAGAGCUUCUCCUGAUCACUAUUAUAUAUUUUUUCUAUAAAGUCUAAAUUUAAGAAGAGAAUAUAUCGGUUGAUCCUGACUUUUAUUCCAAGAUUUAGAUGGAAUAAGUUUUAGGGUAGAAUUUUGUUCAGUUUGGAUUUAAUUUUUUGAAAAAUAAAAUCCUUGUUUACUUGUUUGAUUACAAUUCUCUUUGUUAUCUUUUUAAGAGGUAAAACUGCAAGGUGACUAGCAUGUUCUGUGAAUCUGCCAUUCCUAAAAAUUUUAUAAACACAAUAUUUUUCACUGAUAAUUGAUCGCUGCAAUAAAUAUAUAUUGUGAAAAUGCACCCACAAUAAAUGGAAUUCCUCCAAAUGUCUUUGCCUCACUUAUUUUUAUGUACUAUAUUGAUUACAAGAGUUCUAUCUGAUGUAAUAAAGAUGAUGGUAUAGCAAAAUGUGUAUUUCAAA